CACUUGUAAGCUAAAGGACAGGUGGUUUGUUCAACAUGUUUGCUCUUGGCAGUAAUGGAGAAAGCCCAGCAGUAAAGUUAAAGGCCUGGCAGAAUGUUCCACUAACACCAGGAAGAAUACCUAGCUUCUACGUUCCUCAAAAACUGCACCUCAGCGUUUCUCCUCGAUUCAGAAAACCCAAAGAUUCAGAUGAGUACCAGCUUCUGCCUCCCUGCAGUCCAGAGGAAUCUUCUCCAAGGUCUCCGUCUCCACACUUUCCCUUCAAGCUCCGUUUCCCGCUACAAUCAAACCGGAAACACAGCGAGGAGGACGCGUCUGACCCGUCUACACAAGCAGCGAUGUCCCUGAAGCACGUGGAGAAAAUCACCACGCCGUAUGGGUUCCGCACCUUGGCCGCCAGCCCAAACGUGAGCCGCAGGGAGUCGCUCUUUCACAGACGCAGAGGACAGGAAGGCUGUCAAAGUCCUGCUGUCUCACCUGCCUUUCCAGAGCUUAUAGACUCACCCGUGCCCAACAUCUCCGACCAAAACGAUGAGCCGAGCCCAGAACCGUGUUGCUCUGCUCCAAAAUCUGAGAAAAAGCGACUACAGCUGCUCUUCAGCAAGACUCGGGUUGCACUCAAGAGUCUCACGCCGAGAAGCAGGAAAAAACAUGGCAGAAAACUGCAGGAUGUACUUUAAGCUGUUUUGUGGGCAAGUUAUGAACCAA